AUGCAAAGCUUGGCAUGUAAUUACUGUGAUCAAAUACCCGAAAGUGGGCUGGUUGUAUUGUCAGGACUGUCAAACCUGACUUCUUUAAGCUUCAAGAGAAGUAAUGCUGUUACUGCUGAAGGAAUGAGAGCCUUUGCAAAUUUAGUUAACUUGCUAAAUCUCGACCUUGAAGGUUGCCCAAAGAUUCAUGGUGGCCUUAUUCAUUUAAAAGAUCUGACAAAGCUCGAAUCAUUGAAUAUGAGAUAUUGCAAUUAUAUUGCGGAUUCAGAUAUCAAAUAUUUAACAGAUCUUACAAAUUCGAAGGACCUUCAAUUGUCAUGUUGUAAGAUCACAGAUCUGGGGGUGUCGUAUAUCAGAGGAUUGUCUUCAUUGGUAUUGUUGAACUUGAACCGUUGUGGUAUAUACGAUGAUGGCUGUGAAAACUUUGAAGGUCUUAAAAAGUUGAAGGUUUUAAACUUGGGGUAUAACUAUAUUACAGAUGCUUGUUUGGUGCAUCUCAAAGGAUUGAUCAGUUUGGGGUCUCUGAAUUUGGAUUCGUGCAAGGUUGGAGAUGAUGGUCUAUCACAUCUGAAAGGUCUUUGUAAUCUGCGAAGUAUUAAUCUCUCAUUUACUUUGGUCACGGACAUUGAUCUCACCAGGCUGACUCAUCUUGACCUUUUUGGACCUCGCAUAACUGACUACGGCACAAACUGCUUCAGAUAUUUUAAGAAUCUUCUUUCUCUUGAAGUCUGUGGUGGGUUCGUUACUGAUGCUGGAGUGAAGAACAUCAAGGAUCUGAAGGCUCUGACGCUGUUGAAUCUUUCUCAAAAUGUUAAUCUGACAGACAAAACCUUGGAGCUGAUCUCUGGCCUGACUGCUUUGGUCAACUUGAACGUGUCAAACUCGCGGGUGUCCAAUGCUGGUCUCAAACACUUGAAUGACCUGCAGAACCUGCGUUCACUGUCUCUAGACUCCACCCGGGUCACGGCAAACGAGAUGAGGAAGCUCCAAGCAACAGUGCUGCCAAAUCUGAUCAGCAUGCGGCCAGAGUAG